UAAUGAGGCAGGGCGAGGCCGAGAGAUCUGGAAUUCGGCGGAAGAAAGCGAAAAAAUCAAUGAAAACGAUGGAAUUAAUGGUGAGUUGUGGUCGAUGAUUGGAAAUUCACCGCCUCCAUUUGUGCAACGCCAUUCAUCGGGUUCUUGGAUUGGAUUGGCCUAAGCCGCAACUUCCUCAAGGGGUGAGACCCAGAUCAGGCGGGAUUGCCUUACUUGUGUCGUUUUUGAGCCAUGGGACCCCCGCAUCCGAUGCUCGCACGUGUCUGGCCAAAUCGUUUGGUGUGUGUGACUUGAUCGCUCGAUCGAUCUCAUGCCUCCGUGGGAUGACCAACAUGAACGGUAACAGCCAAACCGUGUUCAUCACCACCACCACCGUGCCGCCCAAUUCCAACCCCCUCAUUCCGGUGGCCCAUCAUCAUCCGAUGGGUCCGGUCACAUUGAUGAAUGUGGCCUCCUCGGCGGCCGCCACGCCCAUCGCGUCCAUCUUGUCCUCGCUCAGUCCCAAGAAGCGCAAAUUCGAGGACGAGUCCAACGUCCUCAUGGAACAACAGCCUUACUCACCCAAUGGGAAAAGUGGCGGGGGCGCCAGUGCCAAACGACGUUGGCGGUUCUCGGAAGGUGACGAUCAUGAUGAAGUCGAGAAACGGGCCAUCGCCAAUUCGCGGAUUACCACGGAUGGGCGGCACAUUUGCGGCGAGUGCGGCAACUCUUUGGCCAACUCUUGGGGUUUAGACGCCCACAUCAAGACCGUGCACGGUCGCAAGACCUUCCAAUGCGACUAUUGUGACAAGGCCUUCAAGCGCCGGGACCACUUGGUCAAUCACACCAACUCUAUUCACACCGGCCGAAAACAGUGUAGUCAAUGUGGUCUCGUUUGUAAGGGGAAGGAAGGACUUCUGCAACAUAUCAAAGAUGCUCAUCCCUCCGAAAAUACGACGUUCCCUUGCUCGGCCUGUACCAAACGGUUCACUUCCGACGCCAAUACUCGACUUCACUACCGUCAAUGCCACGCUCAGAUCAAGUGUACUGAGUGUCACACUUUGUGCACGGGUACCGAGGGCCUUAAAACCCACGUCCAGGCCUUUCAUCAAGACUCGCAAUCGAAUGGUGCCUCCUCCAAUGGAGGCGUAUUAGUGACACCCGUCUCCGAACAGCCCGCGGCUCCCGUACCGGUGGCUAAACCGGUAUCCAAUGCUACUCUCGUCAUUCCCAAUAAGCGGGUGGAAACGGUCAAAGGUGAGCUAGUCUAUAAAUGCCAAUUCUGCUCCGGCGCCUUCAUCCACAAGACGUCUUUGGAGCAACAUAUCCAGUCAUUCCAUGUGGAAGUUCAAUGUCAGCAGUGUGGUUCCCAAUUCAUUGGCCAUGAAAGCAUGGCUGAGCAUGUCAAAGAGGCCCAUCAGCCCAAUACGAUCAUGUACAAUGAGUACCAAGUGUGUUUCCAUUGUGAACUCUGCAACAUCACUUUCAACCGUCGCUCCCAGUACGAUGAACAUUUCCUCAGCUAUCACGUGUCCAGAAAUGCCAAUGCUAAGCAUAAUACCGGCUCAUUCCCCGCCCCAGAGUCUGCCAGCUCCCGAACCAAAUACUCGACAGUAUUCGAACCAAAGCGACAACAGCAUAAUAACGAGUUGUAUGACAGUAUUUUCCCGCCUAACGUAGUCAAUGGCCACCACAGCAGCACGAACAACAACAAGUCUGGCAACAGCGUCGGUCUUCCUUCGGUGGGUGUGAACAAUCCGAUUGGUGGAAGUGGAACCACGACCGUGGUGACCUCGGCGUUCGGAACCAAUUCGAGCCACCCAGCCACUUCCAACCAAUUCUUCCACGACAAUGACGAUGGCAUCUUUACCACAGCACUAUCAUCAGAACAAGCAAUAAACGGCGCUCAGCCCACGCCUCCCUCAAGCACGCCCAUCAUCACGACCCUCUCAACUCAAAAUGGGGCGGACUCCUUUUACAACGAUCUCUCGAGCGAGACCAACGUGAGCGAGGCAAUUUCUCACAUCUUCAUGGCCAACGGCAACGACGACCUCUUCAACAACAGCUCCGACGAGGGCAAACUGGAAAAUGGUUUGAAUCAUGCGCCAUCAUCCGGGGUGGAAGAGGAGCCUCAAUAUCAACUCCUGGAACUAGGCGAGCCACUUACAGCUUAGAUAUUAAACGAACAUAAUCAACCACCAUUACCACCACCAAGAGCAAGUCUAUAGACGAAGAUUUUUGUAAUAACAUUGUUAGUUGAAUAUUGCUCUUUUUCCCCACCUUCAGUUUUGUAAUAUGAAUAGUACAUAUUUUUUCAAGUUAGUAGAGCAGAUUCGUGAUUGUGCCAUUUUUGUAUUGUUCUCCAAACUGCUUCCGAAAACAAAAGGUUCCAUGACCACAAAGCAUCAUCAUAGAACCACUAAUAAACUCACAGCAACUAGAAAAGCAAACAGAUCUGUGGCCUUGGAAUGUACUCAGACUAGUUUCCUACUAGAACCAGUACAUACGUAAAGCAAAUAAAUACCAAAUCCCUACAAACGGGGUGAGUAGAACAGCCAUGUUCAAGAUCUGAAUCCCAUUUGAGAUAUUCAACCCUAUGUUGUACUAUAUUAACAAACAACAAAUAAUAUUGAAUAAAGGCAUUUAAGUUUA